GCUCGGCCGCAGAGCACCUCGUCUCCUCCGGCGGCAACAGACGCGCGUGUCACCCUCCUUCCCUCGCACCCAUCCUCUGUUUCCCGCCACUUGCCCGCGCCAUCCCCCCUAUUUGAUCCCCUCCGCCAAAAAUCCCCCGCAAAACCCUAAACCCCGCCGGGAGAAAGCGGCCAUCCCUUCCUCGGGCGCUCUCCAAUGGCGUCCCGCCGCCUCAGCAACGGCCGCUCCCCUCUCGUCCGGAAGCAGAGCCAGCUCACCGCCUUCUUCGCCUCCACCCCGAAGCCCGCCGCAGAGCCCUCCCCGUCGUCGCUGAACCCUAAGGCGAGGAAGCCCCCUCUCGUCGUGCCAUCCCCUUCCCCUUCCCCCGCCGCCUCCAUCCCUAAGCCCGCCGCAGAACCCUCCCCGUCGCCGCUGAACCCUAAGGCGAGGAAGCCCCCUCUCGCCGUGCCCUCCCCUCCCCCACCAAAGCCGUCUCCGCCGCCGCAGCCGCAGCAGGAGAAGAAGCAUGAUGCAGCGGCGGCGCCUGCGGGAGAGGCGGUGGGGCGGCGGCUGCGGGUGUACUGGCCGCUGGACGACGCGUGGUACGAGGGCACGGUGGAUGCCUACGACGGGGGCUCCCGCCGGCACCGCGUGAAGUACGACGACGGGGAGGAGGAGGAGGUCGACCUCGUCAAGGAGAAAUUCGAGUGGGCCGCCGAGGAGGCGACGCCGCCCCCGGCCAGGAAGCUGCGACGUCUUCGGAGGAUGUCUGACACCGCAAAGGCGAAGUCGCCGUCUGCGCAGGAGCAUGAGGAAACUGGGGAUUCCACUGAGGACGAGGACUGGAAGAAGGAUGCUGCUCCGGAGGAUGAUUCUGAUGGGGAGGAGGUGGAGUUGGAUGACGAAGAGGAAGAGGUUGUUGCGGUCAGUUCGCGAAAGGGGAAAUCAAGGAACUCCUUGUCCACGUCAGCUUCAGUGUCCACAGUGCGGUCAACGUCUGGUCUUGGCUCAGCAUCAUCAGGGUCAACGUUGUCAAAGAAGAGGAAACAAGUGGAUGUUGGUGCAUUGGAUUGUGCUAAGAAGUUCAGCUUUCAACUAGCUAACACCCCUGAAAAGGCUGAAAUGAAGGUGCCACCGAGCUGUGAUACGAGAGAGAGGAUUUUAGAGAAUGCUCACCUUGCUCUUACUGGAGACCUGUCUGAGCGCUUUGGAAGUCGGCAGAUGGAGAAGUUCACAUUCCUUGGGCAGGGGCGCAAAGAUGCAAAAGGGAGACGACCUGCAGACCCAGCCUAUGAUCCAAGAACUCUCUUCUUGCCUCCCCAGUUCUUGAAGAACUUGACAGGUGGACAGAGGCAAUGGUGGGAAUUUAAAUCCCAGCACAUGGAUAAGGUCCUGUUCUUCAAGAUGGGCAAAUUCUAUGAAUUGUACGAGAUGGAUGCUCAUGUUGGGGCCAAGGAGCUUGAUCUUCAAUACAUGAAGGGUGACCAACCUCACUGUGGCUUCCCAGAGAAGAAUUUAGCAGUGAAUUUGGAGAAACUAGCUCAGAAGGGUUAUCGGGUUCUGGUUGUAGAGCAGACCGAGACGCCAGACCAGCUUGAACUUCGCCGUAGAGAGACGGGUACAAAAGACAAGGUUGUGAGGCGUGAAAUAUGUGCAAUGGUCACAAAAGGAACACUGACAGAAGGAGAAUCCCUUCUGGCGAAUCCAGAUACGUCAUACAUCUUGUCCGUGGCUGAAAGUUAUCCAUGUAAUUCAACAAAGAGUCAAGAUGGUCAUACAAUUGGUGUUUGCAUAAUUGAUGUUUCUACAAGCAAAUUCAUCAUUGGACAGUUUCAAGAUGACCCUGAACGUCAUGUGCUAUGUUCCAUUUUGUCUGAAAUACGACCUGUGGAAAUCAUAAAGCCAGCUAAGAUGCUGAGUGCAGAAACUGAGAGGGCACUGAAAAACAAUACAAGAGACCCUUUGAUAAAUGCUUUGCUUCCAUCUACGGAAUUUUGGGAUGCAGAGAAAACUAUUCAGGUAAUAGAGCAAUACUACAGCUCAUCAGAUAAUCUCACUGCGUCACGAAACACUGUUGGUGUACAAAACAAUGUGGGCUGUCUGCCUGACCUAUUAAGUGAGCUAAUUGAAGCUGGUGAUCGAGCGUAUGCGCUUUCUGCUCUUGGAGGUUCUUUGUUUUACUUAAAGCAAGUCCUUCUGGAUGACAAAUUGCUUCCAUGUGCUGAAUUUGAGCCCCUGACAUGCUCGGGGCUCAUCAACAAUAUGCGGAAGCAUAUGAUACUUGAUGCUGCCGCACUGGAAAAUUUGGAGAUCCUAGAGAAUGCAACUGGUGGUCUCUCAGGGACCUUGUAUGAACAAUUGAAUCAUUGUGUUACUAGAUUUGGGAAAAGAUUGCUCAAACGGUGGAUUGUAAGGCCUUUGUAUGAUUGCAAAGCAAUACUACAGCGUCAAGGUGCCAUUGCUAUUUUCAAGGGAAUCGGGCAUGAAUGUGCUAUGCAGUUCCGUAAAGAUUUAUGUAGGCUUCCAGACAUGGAGCGUCUGCUUGCACACCUUUUCUCUAGAUGUGGUGAAAAUGGGAGAUCUAAGUCAGUUGUUCUAUAUGAAGACACAGCAAAGAGACUGCUCCAGCAGUUCACUGCUGCCCUUCGUGGUUGCCAGCAAAUGUUUCAGGCAUGUUCUUCUAUUAGGGCGUUGACAGGCACAGAGGGGUCUUCUCUACUAAAUGAUUUGCUUUCACCAGGCAAAGGGUUACCAGAUGUGUCAUCUGUUUUAGAUUACUUCAGGGAUGCAUUUGAUUGGUCAGAGGCUGAUCAUAAUGGUCGGAUCAUACCUCUUGAAGGUUGUGACCCUGAAUAUGAUGCCACUUCCUGUGCCAUAGAGGAGAUCGAAUCCAGUCUACAGGAGUACCUGAAGGAGCAAAGAAAGCUACUGAGGGAUUCAUCGGUUAAGUAUGUAAAUGUUGGAAAGGAUACUUACCUUAUUGAAGUGUCUGAGAGCCUGAGGGGUUCUGUUCCUAGUGACUAUGAGUUGCAGUCUACAAAAAAGGGUGUCUGCCGGUACUGGACACCAGAAGUAAAACAACUAAUAUCAGAACUUUCUAAGGUUGCAACGGAUAAAGAAUCAAUAUUGAAAGGCAUUCUUCAGAAACUGAUUCAACGCUUUAUUGAGCAUCACAGCAAGUGGAGACAGUUGGUGUCUGUGUCUGCUGAGAUUGAUGUUUUGGUUAGUCUUUCUAUUGCGGGUGAUUAUUUUGAGGGGCCAACAUGCUGUCCAACUAUCAGAGAAUUGUGUGGUCCAGAUGAUACUCCUACUUUCCAUGCAAGAAAUCUUGGGCAUCCCAUUAUUCGAAGUGAUUCGUUAAGCAUGGGUUCAUUUGUACCAAAUAACAUUAACAUGGGUGGGCCAGGAAAUGCCAGCUUUAUUGUUCUUACUGGUCCAAAUAUGGGUGGUAAAUCAACUCUCCUGCGUCAAGUUUGUCUUACCAUAAUAUUGGCACAGAUUGGAGCAAAUGUUCCGGCGGAAAACCUUGAGCUUUCUCUUGUUGACCGUAUCUUUGUUCGCAUGGGAGCAAGGGAUCAUAUUAUGGCUGGAAAAAGUACAUUCUUGGUGGAGCUCAUGGAGACUGCUUCCGUGCUUUCGUCAGCUACCAAGAAUUCUCUUGUGGCUUUAGAUGAGCUUGGGCGGGGCACAUCGACUUCUGAUGGACAAGCUAUUGCGGCAUCUGUUCUAGAUUAUCUAGUUCAUCGUGUGCAGUGUCUAGGCUUGUUUUCUACCCACUACCAUAAGUUAGCAGUGGAACAUGAGGAUGGCAAGGUAUCACUUUGCCAUAUGGCAUGCCAAGUAGGCACUGGAGAAGGAGGUUUGGAAGAAGUGACUUUCCUUUACAGAUUAACAGCUGGUUCAUGUCCCAAAAGCUAUGGCGUGAAUGUUGCUCGAUUAGCAGGAAUACCUGCAUCAGUGCUUCAAAGGGCUAAUGAGAAGUCAAUUGACUUUGAGGCUAAUUAUGGGAAACGCCGCUGUGCAACUAAAGAUAAGGCGAUCUGUACACAGGAGGAUAACUUUGCUACCAUUAAGGAUUUGUUCUGUGUUGUGAAGGCAGGGAAUCAUCAAGAAGAUCAGGCAACAAGCUUAAGCAGGAUUCGUGAAGUACAGAUGCGUGCCAGGGAGAUUGCAUGACCCAUUUAAUCAGAGAUCAGGCAUCAAACUGACUAUGGAAGCAUAGUCAGUUUGCAUGACCCAUUUAAUCAGAGGAGAUUGCCCCAGUUUUUCUUCUUUUGCCUACUUGGCGGCCCUUUUGGAUUGGCAUCAUUUUGAAAAUGCAGUAUUGUCAAGCUACGGAGUAUGAAGCAUCACAGGAGUAUUGAGGCAAUGGGGCAGGACAUGGUUUUGCAGCGGUGAGAUAUGAUUCGCAUGGAGCUUACGAAAAGGCCAAGGGUGGCCACCUGGCCUGCCUGCACAAUUUUGAAGCCAAGGAGGGUGCUUAGUUUAGUAUGCCCAACUGAGUGACUAGAGGGAAGGAAAUGUUGCUCUAACUGUAGCAUAAUCUCUGCGAAGUAUGUAAUUGGGUAGUAGAUGGUCAGAGACUCAGAGUCGUGUAUAUAGCUACUGAAAAUCUAACUACGUUGGUCAGCUAAUCCAAGCACCAGCAUCUCGAAACUACCAUGCAGCCGAUACAUAGCAGCCGAACAUUGGACGAUGCGUGAUCUAACCAUUGGCCUCCACUUUGUCCAACGCCUCCACUUUGCCAGCAUCUAAGGGCAAUACCCAAAAAGAUGUCAUUUGUCCAUGGACAUGGUCGGACGUGUCUGCGGACAGCGAUUGGGUGCUCAGCCACCUAAUGUUGUCACUUA